UAUAGUGCAGCAACUAGUGACAGUGGUCCCAAUGUCCGAGCCAGCAAGAAAGCACUUGUAAAGGAGUUUCCAUGGCUCCUGAGCAUAUAUGACCCAUGCCACAAUUUGAACCUCUUCCUCAAGGAUAUUGGUGUUUUAUUCAAAGCGGAGCUGGCUAUCAUAUCUGCCAUAUCAAACUAUUUUGGCCAAUCUAAUAUAGGUACUGCGCAACUUGCAGCUGAACGCGAGAGACAAGGAAUUACUCAAGGCAUGAAAUCGGCAUCUGAGACACGAUUUGGAACUACGCAUCAACAAGCCAAAGCAGUUAUGAGGUGUAUGCCUGCAAUUGUGCAGUGUGUGACCUCUGGUGCUAUCACGAAAAAGCUGACAACAUACCUCACACCUGGUCCAGCGCAUUUUUAUUUCCUUUCUCAAGUGGACUCAAUGGUCAAACUCCUCGAGGGCGCUGCUAAUGGCAUCACCACACUUGAGGGUCAAAAUACGAAUUGUGCCGACGUCUUCUAUGUUUGGGUGACGAUUGCAUGGCACCUUGAACACGUCCUAGGCAGCCCAACGCUUGGUCUGGAGACAUGGCGCCAACAAGUGAUUGAAAUAUACAACAAGCGAUUCUCGCAAAUGAUGUCUGAGUCGUCCCAUGGGGUCUUUUUGCUCGCAUACUUUCUCCAUCCU